AUGCAAUUGCCGAUAAUUUCGUCCUCCUCGGACAAAGCCAUGAGUUUAUACGCAACGGGCUUCAACGCAUGGAACCAGCUUGAUUUUGAAUCCUCACCGAGUGACCAAGAGUCUGACGAUUUGUUCACUUUCACAAAAGUUCUAACAGACAAGACGAUUGAACAUAUUGUUCCAAAGAUACAUUAUACCGCAGUGCAACGAAAUAAGACAUGGGCGUUUGCCGGGUCAUACCCCAACAAGCUUCUCUAUCGUGAAGCCAAAACUUGCCUGUUCGACACACCAAAUGCCGAAUCAGGAGAUGGAAAAAUCUUGUCUGUUCAUGGCUCAACCAUUGUUCAGUAUGCGUCUUUAUCUGCAUGGAAGGCCGACAAGUGCACUGAAACCUGGCCUUGUGAAUCUCCGGUCCGCCAAAUAGAAGCUUAUGAUACCGGUUUCGUGGUUCUUCUUGAGAAUGGGAUUGUUCUGAGCUGUGGUGAUCCUCGAUUUCGAGACUGCCUUGGCCGCGAGGUUGACGAGUCACGUCCUGCCAACGUACCCAAUGCCGUAGAAGAUCUCAAUGACCUUGGUGAAUCCAUCAAGAAGGUGUCUGCAAGAGGAUACGCCAUCGGAGCACUAACAGAAAGCGGCGGAAUGUACCUCUGGGGUAUGAAACCACCCGGUUCACAAAGUCGACACGCCGCAUUCACUGAUCUUGGUUCUAUACCAAGCUACGUGGAAGUCGAUGGAGAUAAAGAUGUACAAGACUUUGCAAUUGGAGAGUCACAUGCGAUCGCCCUUACUACUGAUGGUUGCAUUUAUGUUACAGGAAAUAACACUGAUGGUCAGAUUGGUCUUGGCAAAUCCAAGAGGAGGCGGUGGCUGUUGAGGCUGGUCCAAGGGCAUCUUUUAUAG